ACACCCUGAAAUGUCUUAAUUACUACUCAGUCCCCGUCUUCUCUACUGGUCAUCAGGCCGAGCGCCCUCAAAUUGCCGGUCGCCGUCGGCGAGUCUCCUCCAUAGUCUUCGCUACUCGAAAGUGAGAAGCGCUACGUAUUCGUUAAUCUUGAUUCGCCAUUUCUCCGGGAAAUGAAUCCGUUGGCAUGAACACAACAAUCAAUCAUGGCAUCGGCGUGACCUAGCUAGCAUCUCCCCGUUUUCAAGGCGCAGUGAUGGGAUCGCGAUCCGGAGCCGGGACUCCGAAAGGAGAUUCCGGCGAUGAUUCAUCGGCGGCGAAUCUAUCGUUGGAUUUCGGCACCCCGGAGGCUCUGGAGCGCGUGCGUAAGCUCACUGAUGUCGGAGCCAUGACUCGUCUUCUCCAUGAGUGCAUCGCUUACCAGCGUGCCCUAGAUCUGGACCUGGAGGCGAUUCUUUCCCAGCGGCACGAUCUCGACAAGCAGCUCUCAGCUUUGCAGAAAUCCGCUCAAGUUCUCGACACCGUAAAAGAGAAUUCCGAUCACCUCCUCUCCAACGUCGGAUCCACUUCGCUCCUCGCCGAUCAGGUGAGUGCCAAGGUACGCCAGCUUGAUCUCGCCCAAUCUCGCGUCAAUGAUACUCUCCAUUGCAUAGAUGCCAUCGUUCACCGCACCAGUUGUCUGGACGGCGUCCAGAAAGCCCUAGAUUCUGAGGAUUUUGAAUCCGCAGCCAAUUACGUCCAGUCUUUCCUUCAGAUCGACACCAAGUACAGGGACUCCUCUGGCUCCGAACAGAGAGAGCAACUCCUUGCCUCCAAGAAGCAGCUUGAAGCGAUUGUCCGCCAGAGGCUUUCGGCUGCUGUGGAUCAGAGGGACCACCCCACUGUGCUGCGAUUUAUCCGCCUCUAUUCGCCACUUGAAUUGGAGGAGGAAGGCUUGCAGGUUUACGUGGGUUAUCUGAAGAAGGUUAUUGCGAUGAGAUGUCGGCAUGAAUUCGAGCAAUUGGUGGAGGCCAUGAACGACCCUAACCAGCAAGCUCUUGUGCCAAAUCAAAAUCAGCCUAAUUUUGUUGCUUCUCUGACGAAUCUUUUCAGAGACAUUGUAUUGGCUAUAGAAGAAAAUGACGAGAUUUUGAGGGGCUUAUGCGGAGAGGAUGCAAUAGUUUAUGCCAUUUGUGAGCUUCAAGAAGAAUGUGACAAUCGGGGCUCCAUGAUUUUAAAGAAAUACAUGGAGUAUCGAAAAUUAGCUAUAUUGACAUCAGAGAUUAACUCUUCCAAGAGCAAUCUUCUCUCUGUGGGAGUUGAAGGGCCCGAUCCAAGGGAGAUAGAAGUAUAUUUGGAAGAGAUAUUGUCUCUGGCACAAUUGGGUGAGGACUACACAGAUUACAUGAUUUCAAAGAUAAAGGGACUGAGUUCUGUUGACCCCGAACUAGGUCCUCGGGCCACCAAAGCUUUCAGGAGUGGUAAUUUCAGUAAAGUUGUUCAGGAUAUAAUCGGUUAUUAUGUUAUCUUGGAGGGAUACUUCAUGGUUGAGAAUGUUAGAAAAGCUAUACAGAUAGAUGAGCAUGUGUUAGAUUCUCUCACAACAUCGAUGGUGGAUGAUGUGUUCUAUGUUUUCCAGAGUUGUUGUCAAAGAUCUAUAUCCACAUCAAAUAUCAACUCUGUGAUUGCUGUUCUAAGCAGUGCUGUGAGUUUGAUAGGUGGCGAGUAUAGUGAGGCUCUGCAGCAGAAGAUCAGGGGGGAACCUAAUCUUGGGGCAAAAUUGUUCUUGGGCGGUGUUGGGGUGCAAAAGACUGGUACAGAGAUUGCCACAGCUUUGAACAACGUGGAUGUGAGUAGCGAGUAUAUAUUGAAACUACGCCAUGAGAUUGAAGAGCAAUGUGCUGAGGUAUUUCCUACCCCUGCACACAGGGAGAGAGUAAAAUCCUGUCUCUCAGAACUGAAUGAGAUGAGCACUAGCUUCAAGAAAGCCCUGAAUGCCGGAAUGGAGCAGCUGGUAGCCACAGUGACCCCACGCAUCCGGCCUCUGCUGGACAGCGUGGCCACCAUAAGCUACGAGCUGUCAGAGGCCGAAUACGCAGAGAACGAGGUGAACGACCCGUGGGUCCAGCGGCUCCUCCACGCCGCUGAGAGCAACACGGCGUGGCUCCAGCCCCUCAUGACAGCCAACAACUACGACUCCUUCAUACAUUUGGUCAUUGACUUCCUGGUCAAGAGGCUGGAGGUGAUCAUGCUGCAGAAGAGGUUCAGUCAGCUGGGAGGUCUGCAGCUGGACAGAGACAUCAGGGCAUUGGUGAGUUACUUCUCUGGCGUGACGCAGAGGACUGUUAGGGACAAGUUCGCGCGGCUCACCCAGAUGGCGACGAUACUGAACCUGGAGAAGGUGUCUGAGAUUCUUGACUUCUGGGGGGAGAACUCAGGACCCAUGACUUGGAGACUGACCCCAGCUGAGGUCAGAAGAGUGCUGGGGCUCAGGGUUGACUUUAAACCUGAAGCCAUUGCAGCUCUUAAGUUAUAAUUAUAUGGAGUACCUCAUUUCCUGUAUGAUUUCUCUUCAUUGAAUUAAUUACUGGGUUCUUUUCUACCCCUCUUUCUCACACUCCAUUUUUCGACAUUUUUGAGUUUGAGUAGGAUAGAUGUGAGAUCAAAUCAAAUACUCCCUUUUUU